GCAGAAAAUUUCGGUGAAAUAAUGUGUGGUUCCCGACGACGAGCUGCUCUAGUUCGAGUUUCGAAUAUUUUGGACAAUGAGCUUCAACGAAUGUACUCUCAAGGACGAGCAGACACGCAGAUAUGUAACACUAGGCAAAUUACUCUUGUUGAAUUCAUUGAAUACCUCUACUACAAAGUAAAUGACGCUAUAAAUUCUUUGGACGGUGGCCAACAUCGUGGAUAUCACCGAUUAGUGAGGUUUCAGCACAAAACCAAGGACAAAGCGGGUUUACCCACAACAGUAUUGACUAUACCCCUAGCUGGUGAGGAUCAAUCUCUUCCACCACCAUCUAUCUGUUCUGGCACCAUCUAUGCACCUCCCGUAACAUCACCACGAACCUCGGAUGAAUAUGAAGAGUAUGACAAGAUCUCUGACGAGGGCUUCUAUAACUCGUCCUCUCGACAGACUACCGUAAUCGACGAACCGGCCACAAACACCACACUGUGUCGGGUACUGUACGAUUUCGAACCAAAACACGAUGAUGAAAUUCAGCGAUUUCCAAAUUUCUCUCAUCAAAUUGAGUUGAAGUCAUCGCUUCUCAUCCAACAAAGAGAAGGAAGCGCUAACCAAUUGACACUCUUGCACCAUUGUUAA